CGCCUUCACAAGGCGGUCCACCAUCUAAGAAAGUGGCAGUGGCCAACGGUGGGAACAGCACGAAGCCUGAACCUGUGGGAAAGGUCGGGAGCAGCAAUGAGAAGCCGAAGACGAAACGCGGCAAGCCUCCGAAUGGGGUCAUCAAAAGUAACGGCCCAGUGAGCAAGAGCAAUGCGGAUGGGAAGAAAAAGGCGACACAAAAUGACGAGGCAAAGGAUGGCGACGAGGAGGAGGACAGCGAGGAUGAGCCUAGUGAGAAAUCGAUUGACGAGUUGCAGGUGGAAAUGGCUGUUGAUGGAGAAGAAAUGGACGACGAGGAGUUAUCUCAGCUGCGAACUAUGACAAAGCAAGACAAGCUGGCCAAGAAGGAAGAUCGCAAAGCCCGGAAGGCGGCAAAGCCUAAUGCUGACCUAACCGCGAAUGCAAAACAUCUUUGGUCUCUCGCUCGCAAAACAGAGAUUUCAAAGGACGAGCGUACUAAGCAUGUCAAAGCCCUCAUGGAAGCUAUACGCGGGCAUGUCAAAGAGAUCGUCUUCAAGCACGACACGAGUCGCAUCGUCCAGACCCUUGCGAAGUAUGGAGGCAGCGAGGAGAGGAACGAGAUCGCGGCAGAGCUAAAGGGAUCAUACUCCGAGCUAGCAACGAGCAAGUACUCCAAGUUUCUGGUCACCAAGCUCAUUCGAUAUUGCCCCAUGCACAGAGCUUCGAUCCUCCAGGAAUUCCAGAAGGAUGUUAUUCGAUUACUCCUCCAUCGAGAGGCGUCUCAGGUCGUUGCAGAUGCAUACGAGUUAUAUUGUAAUCCUGCAGAAAGAGCGUUGCUACUGCGAGACUUCUACGGCAAGGAGGUGGCGCUGUUCGAUAGCCAGAAGCUUGGAAAAGGAGGCCUGAAAUCAGUGUUGGAAGGGUCGACGGUGGAAAGACGCAGGAGAGUUCUCAGCGCUGUCCAGGAGAACCUCAUGACUAUAUUCAACAAUCCUGACAAGGGCGCCGCAAGUUUAUCAAUCGUGCACAAAGCGACAUGGGAGUACCUGUCUGAGCUAUGCGGGCUACCAGAUGAGGCAGAACAAGAGAGGCUGCGACGUGAGGUGUUCGACAAUUGUCAGGAACUUCUUGCCGAGUUCGUGCACACAAAGGACGGAAGCAGGGUCGUUCGAGAAUUUCUCGCUAGAGGAACGGCUAAAGACAGGAAGGUCAUAAUGAAGACUUUGAAGCCGCAUAUAGAGAAGAUUUGCAAGGACGAGGAGGCUCAGUUAGUGCUGUUAACAGCACUUGAUGUAGUGGACGACACCAAACUUCUAGCAAAAUCGAUAGUCUCAGACAUCACUGACCUUGCACCCUCCCUCUCCUUCGAUAAGCAUAAGCUUGGCCGACGAGUGCUCCUCUAUCUCCUCGUACCACGCAGCCCGCGACACUUCCCUCCACCCACGCUAGCCUUGCUCAGCGAAACUGACGCUGUAAGCACCAAGACAAGCAAAAAGGACCCUCAAGUGAGAAGAGACGAAGUCAGAAAGGCAGCAAGUGGAGAUCUUAUUUCCUGCGUCGCGAGCAAGGGCGUGGAAAUGAUGAAGGAUCCAGGCGCCAGCUUGGUGGUAACUGAGAUUAUGUUGUUUGCCGACGGUGAUAAAUCAACGGCCACGGAGACGCUCCUGCGGCCAAUUCGGGAUGCCACACAAGACGAGAACUGGGCGGAGCUAACAGAGCUCAUCAAUCAUCCCCACGUCUCACGAUUGUACAAGACCCUCAUUCAAGGAGGACAUUAUGAAAAGGAAUCCAUGCGAGUGGACGAGCCAUCAUCCUGGUCUGGCGAUGAUUUUGCUGUUGCUUUCUUCGAAGCUGCAGGAGGCCACCAGAAAGGCGAGGCUCUUGUGUCGAUGGGGAGUGGCUCCGGUGCCUUUUUAGUAGCCGAGCUUGCAAACAGGCUAAAGGGCAAACCCGCUGGGAAGAAGCUUGCAGAGAUUUUCACUUCGGAGGUUCUUCGAGAGCUCAAUGAGAAGGACGUGAAAGGGAGAGGUGUGCUGCUAGAAAAGCUUGGUGCUCUGUGA